CAUGCCACUUCGUCAUUUUUUCAGUCGCCAUUGUUCUCGUUCUCGGCUGUCGAAUUUUGUGGAAAUUAUCGAAUUUCCCUUAAAUUCGUUGCAAUAAAUACAAAUAGAAGUUAGAAAAAUAAACAAUUUUGGAGUACACAAGUGCACAGUGCGCGUUAUUUCGUAACAAGAGGCCGCCAAUCGAAAUUAGAGACACCCGUCAGACGACUCGCCAGUUAACGAGCAGCUCAAGCGAAAUCGAAUAUUUCGUUCGUGGCAAAAAAAAAAAUAAUACAAACUUGAACAAAAAUCCAAAACGAAAAACAUGUCAUCUAUGAAUCCAGAAUACGAUUAUCUUUUCAAACUGCUGUUGAUCGGCGACUCUGGCGUUGGAAAGUCCUGUUUGCUGCUCCGAUUCGCCGAUGAUACAUAUACAGAGAGCUAUAUCAGCACAAUUGGUGUGGACUUUAAAAUUAGAACUAUAGAAUUGGAUGGCAAAACGAUUAAAUUGCAAAUUUGGGACACUGCUGGACAGGAGCGCUUCCGUACCAUCACAUCAUCAUAUUAUCGUGGUGCGCAUGGCAUCAUUGUUGUAUACGAUUGCACGGAUCAGGAGUCCUUCAAUAAUGUCAAGCAAUGGCUGGAGGAAAUCGAGCGAUAUGCAUGCGAAAAUGUUAACAAGUUGCUGGUGGGCAACAAAAGUGAUUUAACCACCAAGAAAGUUGUCGAUCAUACAACAGCUGCGGAGUACGCACAUCAGUUAGGCAUUCCAUUCCUUGAAACUUCGGCCAAGAGCGCCACCAACGUGGAGCAGGCAUUUAUGACGAUGGCGGCCGAGAUUAAGAAUCGCGUCGGGCCGCCGUCCAGCGCCACCGAUAAUGCUAGCAAAGUGAAAAUCGAUCAGGGUCGUCCAGUGGAGAACACCAAAUCUGGUUGCUGCUGAAUAACUCUGAUUGUGAAUCAUUAUUUUAUUAUACAAUUAAACAAAAUUUAAAUAUAAUAAAUUAAAACGAUACAAAAA